AUGGCAGGUACACUGCGCCUCAAGAAUAUCCACCGCAGCACCCCGCAAGCCCCAGCGGCCAGAAAAGCAGAGAUUUCCACCUUAUGCGGCGCCCAGGUCAACGUCGUGGUGCUUUACCUCACAGAUGCCAGGAUGUUAGCUGAGGAUUGGGCGCCCGCCAUCCAGAUGCUCCAGGAGCAAUGGCAAACGCACCGGCAGGCGCAGUCCGAAUUCGCUGGGAAGCCGCUGGGUGGGAUCCUCUUGACGGCGAAGGGCCUUCGAUUGUAUGCGCCCGCCUCGGCGGACGAUGGCCAGCCGCAGGGUUUUGAGCAUGAGGGGCGCAGCGAGUUUCCGCCUCUCGAGCUCGAAGAAGCCCCAGAGAUCUUUUUUGCGUUUCUGGACAGGUGUCUGCAUGGCCUGGGUCUCCGGCUGGAUUGUCCCCACUCUAUAAUAUCCCGUGAGACGAAGGAAAGUAGGGAGGUAAUGCGAUAG